AUUACAAAUGCAUACCGAGUGCGGGGCGAGGGCGUCGCGGCUGUGCGGGGCGUGGGGGAGGCGUGUCGCCGGCGGCCGGGUGUGGGCGGGUGCUCCGAGUGCGGGGACGGCGGCGGCGGCGGCGGGGAAGCGCGGCUCGUGAGCGGGCUGCCGAGCGCGGCGUGAGGCGUGUCGCCGGCGGAUCCAGUGGCCGGGCGGGCGGCGGGCGGCGGGUAAGUGGAGGGGAGGCUGGGCGCCGACGGCCGAAUCGGGCCGGGGCGGCGGCGGCGUAUGUCGCGAGGAGGAGGGCGAGAGGAGGACCUGAAAUUUCAGCCCGCGUGUGGAGUAGGGGUCGGGCCGAUUUUUGCCGUUUGCAUGGCCCCGCCGCCGCCGCCGGCCUCUCUCCCACUUCCGGCAUGGGCGGCGGCCAACGCCCUCUUCCGGCGCCAUCCCCGCCUUCUCCCGCUCCUCCUCCCCUCCGCCUCUCUCCGCGCCCUCCUCCCCGUUCUCUCCCACUGCCUCGUCUCCGGCCUCGCCGGCAACCCCUUCGUCGCCUCCCGCCUCCUCAUCGCCUCCUCGCGCCUCUCCCUCCCCUUCUCCCUCCUCCUCCUCUCCCACCUCCCCGCCUCCUCCCUCUCCCCGUUCUCCUUCAACUCCCUCAUCCGCGCCUCGCCUCCAGGCCCUGCCCUCCGCCUGUUCGACCAAAUGCGCCGCCGAGGCGUCCCCGCGGACACCUACACCCUCCCCUUCUUGAUCCACGCCUGUUCCGGCGGUGACCGUCCGCUCAGCCAGUCCCUGCACGGGCAAGCCAUCCGCUUCGGAUACAGCACCCAUCUCUUCACGCAGACGGCGCUGACGAACAUGUACUUCGCAUGUGGCCUGUCAACUCACGCUCGCAGAGUGUUUGACGAAAUGAACGCUCCUGAUGUUGUUGCGUGGACUGGCAUGGUGUCCGGUUACGUGGACUCCGGGAUGCACCCUCAAGCCGUUCAGGUCUUUCACGAGAUGCGUGGUGGUGGUGAGGAAGCUGUACGGCCGAACACGGCCACACUAGUGUCGGUUGCUUCCGCGUGCGCCGGUCUGGGCUCCCUGGAGCAUGCCAAGUGGCUGCAUGGGUACGUAGAGAAGGCGGGGUUGCAAAACAGGGUCAUUGUGACGAAUGCCCUGAUGGAUAUGUAUGGCAAGUGUGGCGGCUUAGACUCAGCUCGUGCUCUGUUCAACCUGAUGCAUGAGAAGGACCUGCAUUCAUGGACAACCAUCAUUUCAGGGCUGGCUUCCCAUGGGCAUGGCAGAGAAGCGGUUGCUUUGUUCUUCAGCAUGCGGGGGGCGGGAGUGCUGCCGGAUUCGACCACGUUCGUCGUGGUCCUCUCUGCGUGUAGCCAUGCUGGGCUGGUGGAUGAGGGGGUACGCAUCUUCAGUUCCAUGGAGAGUGACUACAAGGUCACCCCAGAUAUCAAGCACUACGGUUGCAUGGUGGAUCUCUUCAGCAGGGCGGGGCUUCUUUCACGCGCUUAUCUGCUUAUCGACACCAUGCCUUUUCAGCCAAACUUGGCGAUUCUCGGAGCAUUGCUGAGUGCAUGCUGUGUCAAUGAUGAAUUGGAGAUUGGGGAACUGGUUCUCAGGAAGAUCGAGUCUGUUUGCUCCUAUAAAGGAGGUGCGGGCGUGCUCCUGUCCAACAUAUAUGCCAACCAGAACCUGUGGCAUGAAGUUGAUUCCAUUAGAAGGAAGAUAAGAAAUGGCGAUAUUCCCAGAAAGCCACCUGGUCAGAGCUUGGUUGCAGCAGAAGUUCCUUUCAUGAGUUUGUGAUUUGGAAGUGAGCACGUCCACUCUCAGGAGAGCUCUUCUUAUUAUUUGACAGCUCUCAAAGUGAAACCCACUUCAGAGUUUUAAGCUGUAGCUCUUGAAGACACAUAUGCUGCCGUGAUUUACCAAAAUGAUGGACCUAUCCAGCCUCAUCAUCUUCAAGUCUAUUUGUCAUCAUUGUUGCCCUUGCUUGCCAAAAUGGCUAAUUUUCGAGCGGCCUGGUAAGAAAAUUUUAUCAGUUGCUUUUAUUACAAGGCACUGCUUUGCAUAUCAAGUAGAAGUGUGUCAUCCAUUUUGUUACCAUGGUGAAAUUGCUGUGGAUUUUACCGUCUUCGAGUCUCUUUCUCAUCAUUGUUGCCCUUGAUUGUAAAAUGGCUGGUUUUCGAGUGGUUUGGUAAGAAAACUUAUCAGUUGCUUUUAUUACAAUGCACUGCCUGCGUAUCAAGUAGAACUGUGUCAUCGAUGAAAUUGCUGUGGCAUUUACUAUCGAACAUAAUGAGUAGUGAAUAUAUGAUACUUAUGGAAUCGUAAGUACAUUGAUUGAACUUCUGUUUGCUCUAUUAGACAGGAGAUGAGGUCUCUCAGCAGCAUAUUUUCCAGAGUAGUUUUCGGUAGCGUGCAUGGAAAUACUUAACUAAGAUGCGAACUUCGUCUCUGCCAAUGAAACGGCACAGUGACUCCAUCAACUUCCCUUCUCAUUUCGGAAGGAAAACAAAUAUAUUUAUGUCCCAAUAAAUAAAAACUAUGCCACUGCUACACCCGGGCAUGAUGCUUUCUUGCAGCAUUUUCACCAAAACAGCCCAGACCUAAAUCAGUCAAAUGUAUUUCAUGUAAACCCUUUCUAAAUCGCAUGAUUGGUGAUUGAAAUGUGUGGCCAGGGCCAGACUUCAUGCAUGUUCUAUAACCUUGAGUUUCUUAGGUCCAAUACAAGGACACGAAGAGCUCCUCCUAAUAUGCUCUCUCCAGUGGUACUGCUGCAUACCGGUGGCAACUUUUUUUGUGUGUCAACUUGCUAGCAUAUGCCACGAUAUUUUAUAUAGCGAUAUAUGCUGAGUUAUCCUUUUCUUCUGCACUGUUGUAUAUCCAGAUCUCGUCUCAUAUGUUGAUUUUCAAUUAUUCAUAAUACCUAUAUGUGCGUGUGCAAAUUUGCAAUGGGAGUCGGGGUAGGGACGCGGAACAACGGGGGGAGGCUGCUCUGGUGUUGGUGGGCACAAGCUCUGUGUGUGUGUCUCUCUCUCUCUGGUUGAUUACUUUUUCACCAAGGGGUCUACAGGGACACCUUCUCGAGGAUUGUCAAGAGGAAAUCGAUGGAGGACUUCUCCGGCAUGCCAUACAACAUGACUGUUGCUCAGCUGCCUCUUACCAACAUGGUUGUAGCAGGGAGAGGCCUGGUUGAAGCGUAAUUCUUGUCGAUUGCUUGGGCCAAAUUUUCAUCUACGGGUUGCUUGAAAGCGAUGUGUUUUGUUACAUUAAAAGGACGAUGGUGAAGUUGUAUAUAUGAUGUUUUUUUUUCCGGUUUUGCCAACUGCAUGUGUGAAUGCAUUCUUUACAAGAUUUAGUACUGUUCUUUCUGUCGUGUA